UCCAUGGAUCCUCCUUGAUAUCGCAGAUCGUUCCUCGAUUCGCAUCGAUCGCGAGGGCCUCGAGAGGGCGGUGGAGCAGGCGGCGGAUCGCAGUUAGGGUUCUUCUUCUUCCGGUAUGGAGCAGGAGCGGCAGAAGCUGGAGACGGCGGAGAAGUCGGAGUUCGAGUCCCCUAACAUCCCGAUCCUGUGCGCCAACAACUGCGGCUUCUUCGGAAGCCCCGCGACGAACGACCUCUGCUCCAAAUGCUACAAGGACUACUACUUGACUAAAUCCAAGGCGUCGAUGGAGACGCUCGCAAUCCCGCUGGCCGUUGAUCCAAAACUGCUUGAAGAGAAGCCGAUCGUAGCCGACGCGAUCGACGCUGGGUCUGCGAGCUUGGGCGGGUACGGCGAUGCGGCGUCGGAGAGCUCUGACGCGCCGCCGAAGAAUCGCUGCGGUUGCUGCAAUAAGAAGGUGGGAUUGAUGGGGUUUAGGUGCCGCUGUGGGGAGGUGUUCUGUUCUGUCCACAGGUACUCCGACAAGCACGAUUGUACCUUCGACUACAAGGCUUCUGGCCAGGAGGCGAUCUCCAAGGCAAACCCUGUGGUAAAGAUGGACAAGCUUGACAAAAUUUGACGGCCAUGGCCUCCUCAUUGAUUCCAGGAAACAGAAGUUUAGGAUUCUGUUAGUGAUUAGCAGGAAUUGAAAUUUUAUAGAGGAACCUCUUCAAGCCAUCCAAGCCGUCUGCGAUCAUAUCCCCAGCCAUUAUUGUCCGACCUAUGUCAAGCAUAGCCGAGAUGUAUCAGUUUCUCUUGAUUUUGAGGGCUCAAUGGAGGUGACAGCCUUGGGAGUUUCUUUGAGUUCUUGCGACUUUCGACAAUCUGACUUUAGAGGUCAAACUACAUAUUGGUCAAGGAGAAACUUUCGAUUAGUUAAGAAAUAAUAAGUUGAAGCUUCUUAUGCUAAAUUUUUUCAUUGUUUGCUUGCCAGGUUAGGCCUGAUAGGAAUCUUUCUGAGGGUCCUCCAUGAGAUUUGCAUUGCUUAGUGUUAUUCAAAAGAGAUAUGAAGGUUGUAUCUUGAGAUGGCUUUAUCUUUCUGUCACGAUCAUUGCCAUCACUGAGAAAGGUCCAAAAUUUGUUCCUUUAACAAUUGAUGGGGACGUGGAACCAAGAGGUUCCACUAACUCUCAGAUAAUAUCUGUUGAGGUUUGGUUCUUCAGAUUUGAUUUUGGUUCAAGCAGAAAAGUCUAUAUUCAAAGUAUUAUUAUUAUUAUUAUUAUUAUUAAUUUUUAUGUGUUAAAACUUGACUGGUGUGGUUGAGCCAUUUGUGACUGUUGUGUAACGACUGUUCUUAUUGUGCAUUUUAAUACCAAAAAAAAAAGAGUAAAUAUGUUAUCUUAA